AUGCCUCGUUCCGUAAGAGGCAAAACUCACAUUUUAGUCGCUUAUGAUGUUUAUACUAGAUACCUCGAAGCUGAGGCAGUUAAUACACCGACUGGGAAGGGUGUUGUUGAUUUUUUACGUAGAGUAUUUGCCACCUGGGGAACCGCUCGAGUCAUUAUCUCAGACAAUGGGACUGAAUUUUGCAAUAAACUCGUUGAAGAGUUCUGUAAUGAUCGAAAGAUUAAACAUGAACUAACUCCAACAUACCAUCCUCAAUCUAACCCAGUAGAAAGAGUCAAUAGAAAUCUCAAAAUUAUGAUUAGAUCUUAUUUAAUUAAAAAACAAAAUAUUUGGGAUCAAUAUCUUUUUGAAUUAAAGUACGCGUAUAAUACAUCGAUUCAUAGUUCUUUAAAUGUCAGCCCCGCUUAUCUUAAUUUUGGUAGGGACCCGAUUUAUCUAGACCAAUAUAGAGACAAACUUGAUGUAAAAGUUGUUGAUGAUUCUAAAACUAGGGAGGACAUGCUGAAGUAUAUUGAUGAAAUGAGACAUUACGUAGAAAAAUGUAUGAAUAAAACCCAAGAGCGUAGACGAGCGUUAGAUACACCGAAACCACCCAUUGACCUCCUGUUAGGCACAGAAGUUUAUAUUAGAAAUAGAAAACUAAGCAAAGAUAUUGAUGGUAUCUCUUCUAAACUAUUACCUUAUAUGAGAGGGCCUUUCUUUAUUAAAUCUUAUAUUUCUGCUUCAAUGGUUGAGCUGGUGAAUGAGAAUGGUGAGAGCAUGGGAAAUUUCCAUAUUUCUACUUUAAAAAUUCCAAGUAGAUCGAAUAGAAUUAAUAAAAGAAUAAUCAACACAGAGAAAAUGGACAACAGCGAGUCAACAGGAGUUCCUGAUCUGAAAGCAUCGGUCUCACUUAUGCGGCGAAUCAAGAGCGAGCUAAGACCCAGCUACAUCCACUGGCAAUACGCGGACCAGGAUGAAUCACUGGAACUUGACAAUUCACAAUCACAAGUCGAGCUAGUGGAAAUGGAAACAAGUGACUCCGCAUCGAUAGACCAAGUCACUGUAGUUUCACAGACAAGAACUGACAUCGCAGUCGUUAGUGACCUAGACACAUUGCUGAAUUUAGAAAUCCCAGAGUCAGAAGCAGGUUCAAAGCCGAGCAAGCCAGCCCAAAAACCUGUUAACAAAUCAAACGCGUACAUGGACGCGAAGACUUUCUGGGAAAGAUUUCCUUGUAAGGGACCCGCUCACAUCGGUGGUCCGGCUACUUCAGAAAACGCUUCCCUCAAGCUAAUCAAGGAAGCUUCAGGAAUCAGCAUUUAUCAAGAACUAAAGAGCAAGCUGGUUUUAGUAAAGGAACCUGGAACGCGAAACAUCAACCUUCCCGAACCAGGUAUGGUUAAUACAGAACCACUGUUGGUAACCCAUCAUGAGACUCUCGGAGAAAUUCGCCGAGAAUCCAAGAUUGACAUUCGCCAAACCAUGAGGAAAAAAGAAUGGGACGCGUAUAUCACCAGGCAAGUCAGUCACUACUUGCAGCAAAAUUCACCGAAAACCCGGGAUGUUGAGACCCAGACAGUGGAAACUCGAAACUUCCCGUUCACUCCGCGGGGAUGUAUUAAGUGUAAACAAAUCGGUCACGCGUACAAAAAUUGUCAAAACGAUGCAUUUGGCGAGGAGUAUUGCACUAACUGCUGGAAAAUUGGUCAUCGCAACGCAACUUGCCCUUUCCGAGACCGCAAGACAGUUGAAUGGAUGCGGCAUCACUGUUUCGCCUGCAAGACUCCACACCCGAUGUAUGAUCCACAAUGUGGACGCUGUUUGACGCGCGUAGGCAAGGCCAAGGACGACAUGGGAAAGUGUUUAAGAUUAAAAUAUCGCGAGGGAGUUGAUCUCCUUGUGCCAAAGUUCUAUUAA